AUGAAUCAAAAGCUGAUCAAAAUCAACGCAAUUCUUAAUUCCAAUCCGAAAUUUGCUCUAUUGAAGCAGCAUGUUGGUAUGAUCCGAUCAUUUUCUUCCAAGCCGACGAAUUAUCAAGAAUCAACAAAUUUGGAUAUAAUGAGAUCCCUGUUGUAUAUUCCUGGUAAUAGUGAGAAAAUGUUGAACAAAAUUCAUUCCAUGAAGGAACGGCCUGAUGUGUUUGUUCCCGAUUUGGAAGAUUCUGUUCCAUAUCAUCAGAAAGAAGAAGCAAGAAAAAUCGUGAGAGAUUUUCUCUUAUCGACUUUUACACCAGAUUUAGUUUCCGAAUAUAGAAUGCAUAUUAUUCCUCGCGUGAAUAGGGAAUGGGAAUUUCUUGAAAGCGAUUGUGAAGCUGUGGCAAUUCCAGGAGUUGUAUCCGCAAUUAAUGUAGGAAAGACCUCCUCCAUUGCUGAUGUUUUUGAUAUAGAUCAGCUGUUGACAAGAAUUGAGAACAAAUUAAAUGUACCACAAUAUACAUUUAGAAUUAUUCCAUCCAUAGAAUCGGCAAUAGGAUUGGUACAUGCUUAUCAAAUUUGUAGCUGUUUACCUCAAAGAACGAUUGGAGUUGCAUUUGGUGGAGACGAUUAUGCACACGAUCUUGGAUUUACAAGAGAUACAACUCAAGUGGUUGAAAAGGAAUUGACAUUUGCAAGAUCUGCUGUUGCAGUUGCAGCAAGAGCGGCAGGUAUUCCAUCAUUUGAUACACCCAAUGUAAAUUUCAAAAACUUGGAUGGUCUGAAAGAAGAAUCCAUGGCAGUGAAAAACAUGGGCAUGAAAGGAAAAUUUGCAAUUCAUCCUAGCCAAAUUCCAGUGCUCAAUCAAGUGUUUGGGCCCUCAUCACAUGAAAUUGAAGAAGCAACAAUAAUUGUAGAGGCUUAUGAAAAAGCAGCAAAAGAAAACAAUCGUGGCAGUUGUCAAGUGAAUGGCAGAAUGGUCGAUAUGCCUGUUUAUCGAAAUGCAAAACAAGUAUUGGCAUGGGCUAACAAGACCAGAAAGUAA